AUGAACGACGAGCAAGCCAGCGGCCUCAAUGGCAUUGCUCAAGAGAACGACGGCAAGACACAUGUCCUGAUCGCCGGAGCGGGCCUCACUGGUCUGAUACUGGCCCAUGGCCUGCGCAAGCUGAAUCAGAAGCUCGAAGCCCAAGGCUUCCCACCCAAAUACAGCUGCACUGUGUAUGAGAGAGAUGCUUCGCAGAUGGUGCGAGGAGGUGGUUUCAGUCUGACCAUUCAUUGGGCCCUGGAGCACUUGGAAGAGAUUCUUCCCGAUGACAUGGCCUCCCGUAUCUACCAGUGUGUUGGCAAUCCUGCGGCACUCGAGGCUGGCGACAUGGGCAGUUUCACAUACCUCAAUCUGUCUACUGGCGAGCCUCUCAUUCGCGUCCCAGUGCCGCAAGGCUGGAAAGGUGCUCGCAUGGCCCGUGUCAAAUUCAUCGACCUCCUGAUGGAAGGCCUUGACAUUCACUUCUCGAAGCGGCUCGCAGACAUUACGUUUCCAGACUCUGACACUGUCUGCGCCGAGUUUGAAGACGGCGAAAAGGCCGUUGGCAACCUCUUGAUCGGAGCUGACGGAUCGAGAUCUGUCGUGCGUCGCUUCCUGUACGGCGAGGAAAACUCCAAAAAUCGACAACUGCCUAUUCGAAUGAUCAAUGCUCGUGUCACGUACCCAAUGGGUCAGUUGAAGACAUCGUACGACAUCGACCCACACUUGUUCCACGGAGGAGACCCUGAACAGAACGGAUACUGGAUGUACGCGCUGCUGGACAUGCCCCCUCGAGACCAACCGAACGGUCCCGCAUCAGUGCAGCUAACCAUUAGCUGGCCAUUUGAAAGGGGCUAUCUAGGCGAGAAGGAGGGUACAGAUCCGCCAGAAAGUUUUGAUGAGAAGCGGGAUCUGUUGAAGAGGAUCUCUCGGAACUGGGCGAGCCCUGUUCGAGAUCUUUUGCAUAAUAUACCCGACGACAGCGUUCUUCGCGCUGUGAACAUCGAGGAGUGGCUUCCAAGCAAUGAGAGAGAACGCAAGACCGAUCAGCGAGUGGCAGUAGUCGGUGAUGCAGCACAUCUGAUGACAUCUUUCCGAGGUGAGAAUGCAAAUCACGGCGUGGUCGACGUCUGCAACCUGCUGCGUCUUCUAGGAGAGAGUGGAGCUGGCAAGAUCGACAUCAAGGAUGUAGUGAGCAAGUAUGAGGAGGAAAUGAUAUCUCGGACGAGACCAGCCACCGUCAACGCACGGAAUGCGUGCUUGGAUGCGAAUCACUACGCCAACGUGAAACCUGGCAGCAUGUUCUUGGCGAGACGCUCGAUGUACAGUUAG